UUGUGCUGGGUUUCUCCUCCCCAGUUUCACAACCUGCAGGAGCUGAGGCACAGCGCGUCUCUGGCCAACAAGGUCUUCGUCCAGAGGGACUACAGCGAGGGGACGGCCUGCAAGUUCCAGACGAAGUUCCCCUCCGAGCUGGAGAGCCGGAUUGAGCGGACGCUGUUCGAGGACACGGUGAAGACGCUGAAUAACUUCUACGCGGAGGCGGAGAAGAUCGGGGGCCAGUCCUACCUGGAGGGCUGCCUGGCCUGUGCCACCGCCUACCUCAUCUUCCUCUGCAUGGAGACGCGCUACGAGAAGGUACAGACGCUCGUCCGGGGCCGGACUCAGAUUGAACCGAUUUUGCUCGACUUUGAUUGA